UUCCUGUUGCCGUUAUGUCAAUUGUUAUGUCAAAUUUCUUAAUUAAAUUCAAUGGUGUCUUUUUAACUUUGUCCUAGAAUAUUUGACAACAGUUAAGUAGUUAUAUUUCACAGUUCUUAGAGAAUUUAGGAAGAAAUUACAACAAAAUAAAGCAAUCACCGUGAUAUCAAAAUGAACGUGUUACCAGCACAGCCAAUUGGCAUACAAAGUACAGCAGGCGCAGUACCAAUUCGAAAUGAAAAAGGUGAACUGUCCAUGCAAAAGGUUAAAGUACAGAGAUAUAUAUCUGGAAAGAAACCUGAUUACGCUCAAGGUGUUAGUUCUUCGGAGGAAUCAGAUACUGAAGAUUUUAUAGAGCAACAGAAACCUGAACGUAGAGUACAGAUUGCUUCUCAAAUCGGUACUAAACAUGAGGAACACAGUGAUUCAGAGAAAGAAGUUGACGACCCUCGUCUACGUCGACUGCGCAGGGUGGCAAGGUCGCCCCCGCGCCGUGAAGAACACAAGCCUGAAAUUAUUGAUGCAGAACCAGAACCCGAGUCGGAAUCGAGUGCGGAGGAGGAGCGUAACACAUCAGAAAGUGAUGAUGAUUUGGACGAAGAAGAAAUAGAGAAACGUCGACAAGCUUUAAAAGCUAAAUUAGCUGCACGGGAAGCAGAAAAGGAGGUUCUUGGUGGAGAUGAUGAUGAGGAAAUGUUAGAUGGUGAGAAGGAAGAAAGUGGUUCAUCUGACACAGAGUACACAGACAGUGAAGAAGAUACAGGUCCCAGAGUAAAACCUGUUUUUGUAAGAGCAUCGGAGAGAAUGACGGUUACGGAAAAAGAACGUAAAUUAAAACAGCAGAAGAAAGAAGAAUCGGAUGCGAGAAAAGAAAAAGAAGAAAGGAGAAGAGAGGCUUUGAAGUUAGUUGAAGAGACUAUACGGUCAGAACAGAGGAAUGCACAGGGUGAUCAGAAAGAAGCGAAUAUCAAUGAUGUUUGUACUGAUGAUGAAAAUGAUGAGUUGGAAUAUGAAGCGUGGAAACUUCGCGAAAUGAAGAGGAUAAAGCGGGAUAAGGAAGAAAGGGAGGCUAUAGAGAAGGAGAUGCUAGCGAUAGAGCGCAUGCGUAACAUGUCAGAGGAGGAGCGCCGUGUCGAGCAGCGGCUGAAUCCCAAAGUCGUCACCAACAAGUCUAUUAAGGGCAAAUAUAAGUUCUUACAGAAGUAUUACCACAGAGGUGCAUUCUACUUGGACAAAGAGGAUGAGGUGUACAAACAAGACUUCUCCGGAGCAACAUUGGAUGAUCACUUUGAUAAGACUGUCUUACCAAAGGUAAUGCAAGUGAAGAAGUUUGGUAGAUCAGGACGAACUAAGUACACUCACUUAGUAGAUCAAGACACGACUGAGUUUGACUCCGCCUGGAACAAUGACGGUGCAGCGGCGAGACUUUCCAACUACCGCGGUGGUAUGAAGCAAGUCUUUGAUAGACCGACUGCUAGGAGGAAGCAUACUACUACAUAGCAUACUGAUCGCACUAGCCCAAAGCAUGAAACGAAAUCUGAGGAAGCACUAACUAAAAUAGUUAGAACAAAAUCAGAUUAAAUGAACUUUGAGGCAGAUAAAAAAUUAAUGCCUACAAAACUCAGGCAAAAUAUGACGCAAUGACCCAAAGUGGUACUCUUCUUAAUCCUGUUAUAUGUCCAAUUCCUGGAUUUGAAGCUCUUCUAGGUCUGAUUCCACUUCUUGGGAUGGUCAAGUGGACAAAUUAAAUUAUUUAAGCCAAAACUUGGUUUGAGUAAAAAAAAAUGUUUAAUAGGUUAAUUAAAAGUAGAAGGAAACUAAAGAAGCAUCUGUGAAAGGCCAAUGCCGAUACACUUUUUAAAAAACUUUUUUGAGAAUUCAAGUUUUUAUACAAGUGUAUCGGCAGUGGAAACCCAAGGCAAUACAUCCAUGAGAAGCCUUUAUACCAUAAACAAGAAAUGUUAACAGGUUUUCCUUCCACAAGCGUGGUCAUAGUUCUCCAUAGUUCAUAGUUUUUUCUACAUAAAUAAAUAUUGUAUAUAUUUCAUGUGUAUAAUCGUUACAUAAAUAAAUUUCGUCAUAAA